UGCUAGGAAGCGCAUAUUCGCUAACGCUGCGCUGUACUGAAGGAAUCAAUGGGAAAAUAGAUAAAACUGUCAAAACCAAUGGCACCGGCUAACAGUUUCUUUUUCGUGUUUAGCUCGUAGAACCACCAGUUCAGCAGCAAGACCGACCUAUAGCUAGCUACACGUAGAUGCUUGUAGCGUGAAGCUAACUGCGGCUCCACUGUAAACAUGGCUCACUGGAGCACCUUCGAAAAGGAGACCGAGAGAGAAACCAAAAAGCUGAUAAAAUGCAUCAGCGGGGUCGAGGAGGACGAGGAGGACCAGAACUUUCAGCUGGCACUGAAAUUCGCCUGGUCCAACUUCAGGUUUCAUCGUUAUUUGGACGUGGACAGCCAUAAAGUCCAGCGCAGUAUAAGUGGAAUCUACGAGAAGCUCAUGGUUCACUCAGACUUGAGUAAAGCAGAAAGCUGGAUGAGGCUGACUGAAGAGUUUCUGAACUCACCUUUACCUAAUACAGAGGGAACAAAGACUGAUGCACAUUACAGUGUCCUGUCACUGCUACUCUUCUUAUCGGGAUCCCCCUCAAACACAAACUUUACUGAGAGACCCAGGGUGAAGGAGGCCGAGGAGGAGGACAACUUUGACUGGGCUAAAUAUCUGAUGGAGGGCGAGGACAUAGACAUCGGACCAUACCCAGACACUCCU